GUGGUACAGGAAAAUCACAACUUAUUCGUGCUGUUACCGAAUAUUUUGUUAUUACAAACAGAAUACAAAGGAUGCGAAAGCUAGCACCUACUGGAAUUGCAGCCGCUGAAAUUGGUGGUAUAACUAUCCAUUCAUUUUUAGGUGAACAACGCAAUUCAGGAAAGCCACGAACUAUUAAACCAGGCGACUUGAAACUUGAAAAAGAAUGGACACUUGUGGAAUAUCUAUUGAUUGAUGAAAUGAGUAUGGUUAGUUUGACUUUACUUGGAAAACUCAAUCGAAUUCUUUGUGCCGCUAAACAUGCCGAUCCACAAAUUCCAUUCGGUGGUAUAAACGUGAUAUUCUUUGGUGAUUAUUUACAGUACCGGCCAGUAUACGAUGCACCGUUACAUACUGACUUUUCGCCGGAAAAUAAAAAGAAAUCCAACAACAUAUUGCACGUUCUUUAA